AUGGCGUCAAGCAAGAGGCCGAAUAGCAUGGAAGACCUUUUCAAAAAGCAAGACAGAGAGAUACUUGCAGAUACUAUAACUUAUGGUUCAGGUGGAAUUAGCUUCAAGGGAAAUGCAAGCGACGCUCUUUCUCUAUUGAACCAGCUCAGGUUCGAAGGAGAAGGGGGAUUUUGCGACAUGAUCCUGGAAGUAGAAGGAAGACAAUUGGCCACUCAUCGAUGUAUUUUGGCGGCAAGCAGUCAAUUUUUUUAUAACAUGUUUAGCAGUGGUAUGAAAGAUUCGAACCAAACACUCCUUAAGUUGCAUUCGGUUAGCUUCGACUCAGUGUCGCUCAUUCUUGAUUAUUUUUACACGCGAGAGAUUGUUAUAAACGACGACAACGUGUUGGAGUUGCUCAACACAGCAAGCUUUCUUCUUGUCACCCCAGUGAAAAAGGCGUGCAUUAAACUUCUCCACAGACAGUUAAGCGGUGAAAAUUGCUUCAGUAUCCUACAAGUAGCUGAGAAGUUUGGCGCGAGUAAUCUUGCGAAGACGGCAAGCAACGCCAUUAAAUCGAACUUUUUCUCUGUGGUGAACAAUGACGAAUUUGUUUCCAUUUCAAAGAAGAGUCUGAUAAGCUUCAUAUCCAGUGAUGAAAUUCAAGUGGAAAGGGAGGAAGAGGUCUACCAAGCUGUACUGAAGUGGGUUAAGUAUGAUAAAGUGAAUCGUGCCUCAGAUUUACCUGAAUUACUAAGCCAUCUGAGAGGGAAGUCUUUGCCUAAAGGAUUCCUAAAAUCUGAAAUGACCAAAGAGCCACUUCUCGCUGCCUUCUCCAGUCUUUUAGAACCUUCCAAGAGCAAGACCGAAACAAGAGGGACAAAUGAGGAACAUGGAAGGAGAACAGGCACCGAUGACAAACCAGAAGCUGAGAGGACAAGACCAUCUACUGAAUUGCAUGAAGUCAUGAUUGGAAUUAGUUCUAUACUGUUUAGUUCCCGCAAAGCAUUCUGUUUUGAUUUGGACAAGAAAGAAACAUUUGUUCUACCAGGGUUUCCUGAUGUGCAUUUAGGUCCAAAAGUGGCAGUUGUUGGACGCUCCCUGUACAUAAUUGAUGGGUUUAAGUUUCAUUGUGUAAGUGGCCCCACAAGAUUAAGUGCUUUGUGUCUUGAUGAAGUGCAGAAUCAGAAGUCUUCUCUUAGUUUUAGUAUGUACCCACAAUGGAAGACUAAAAGACCUUGUACAGUUAGCAGAACAUGCGCUUCCCUGGUAGAACUUAAUGGGCUGUUGUAUUACAUUGGUGGAUUGCGUGAAGAUGAAAAUAUCUGUAACACGGUGGAGUGUUACAAUCCUGAAAUUGACGAGUGGGAGUUCUGUGCGAGCUUAAACACUUCCAGAUCUAGGUCAGGCUGUGUGGUAGUGAAUGAUCACAUUUACAUCAUCGGUGGUGGGACAGUUCAUAGGUCAUGGAAUUCAGGAUCAAUUCUUUCAAGUGUUGAAAGGUUUGUUUGAGUUACUAAGAAGUUUUUAAUUUAUUUCUUACACUGAAGUUAUGCAGAAUAUAUAGAUACAUGUAAGUUAUUGUCUACCUUGUGCACUGUAACUACAGUGUCAGUCAAAAUAUUGUUGGGACACUUUACUGUCUUCUUACCCUCCCAAUGUUGGUGUGCAAGAUUUGGUGAGUUAACUGUGCAGUGGUGUCAAUAAAAAUUGAAGUAGCCAGCAGGUUUGAAUAGAGUAACCAACUGUGUAUCAACAAGGGACUGUUAGUCACCUUUUUCUAGGGGAAAAGUUUGAAAUUUCAAAGCCCUAAAAUGCGAUUUUCAACGUUGUAGGGACUAAAUGUGAGGACAAAAGAGCGUGUUUUUCAUUGAUAAAAAUGUAGCUUUUAAUUCAUAUGUCCCACAGUCAGUUCAUACAAGCAAUGAACAAAUGAACGUACUUUUGCACGUAAACAACUUUUGUGUUAACCUAUAAAAGAAACUUGUGAAAAAAAUGACUGAAACGUAGCGUUCACAUGACUAAAGCAAAACAGAAAACUAGUGGGCCUUUGCGAAAACAUGUCAUAAUUACGUUUUCAUUCAGAUUUUAUGAUAUAUUUUUUGUCUGCAACAUUAUUCAAACUAGUUGCUUGUUCUUUGUAGAAAGAAGUACAUGUAGCUAACUUCUCUAAGCAAAGUAGCCGACGUGUUUCAUCGGCCAUCAGUGCUUAUUGACAGCCCUGACUGCUAUAAACAACAUUGGGACAAGGAGACAGGCCAGAAGUAAAAAAACAGCAUUCGGUGGAAGUGUCCCAACUAUUUUUAUCUGAGAUUGUGUUGGAGAAGGAAUGUUAAAGAGCCUUGACAGAUACCGAGGUUAAGUUGUUAUUCAUUCGCAGACACCAUUGUAGGGUGUUGGGGUGUCUAUGGUGAUUUUGCGAACUUUUCUAAAGCUGUGAACUGAGUUAUUUUUUGCAGCGCAGUAUUGGAAAAAUAAAAAUAAAAAGAACUAAGUUUACAGCAUGGCUUUCAAGUAUAGUACUGAUAGCAUGACAAGAGCACAUAAGUAUUUCUGUGUAAAAUUCAUGGCUUUCCCCGGCCAUAUUGAGGGUUGCUCAAAUGUGCCACAUUUCUAGAUGAAACAUGUGGUGACUAAAAAAGGCCUCUUCAAGCAACAAAGAUUGUAAGCAAUACAACCAAAGGGGAAAAUUCUUCAAGUUAAUUGCAAGAAGCUUAAGACAGCUUUAAAGAGAGAUGAGGUGAUUUUGAGAGAAAGAGGCCAAAUUUUCCUCUUAACAAUAUGCAAGAGUCAGGAUUAUGGCCCCAAGAUGUAUCUAUGAAAACAGUAUCCCUUUUUAUUAUUUUUGUUGUUGUUGUUGUUGUUUAUUUAUUACAUUUUGCAUGUAUAGAUGUUUUUAAUAAAUUAAAGUGUUAUUCAUGGUAGUCACUUUAAUGAAGAGUUAUUGGACUUGUGUAUUUGGGAAUGGCAUACUGACUGCUCAAUACAGGUUGACCUUGUAAUACAGGUUUGACAAAGGUGAGAGUUAUUCAAGAAAACUGAAGGUAGUCAAAGAGUGAAAUAUUUGUCCCAUGACAAAUUGACCUCCACCUGUUUCUACCUCUCCUUGGACCAAGAAAAAAAGUUGAAGACCACUUGAUGCCACGCACAGUACAAUCUGUUGUACUAGUGUGAUACAUCUUCUCAAAGUGACCAUUUAUAAUGGAGGUGAAGACAAAAAAAAUAUUCAUUGGGAACUUGGAAAAGGGUAACCGCUUAAUAGAGGUCCUCUUGAUACAGGUUCGGCUGUAGUCAUAAGUAUUACUAUUAUAAAUUAUUAUUAUUUAUUAGUAUUAUUUUUAGGUAAUAAUGAGUUAAGUUCAGUAACUCAAUCAGUAAUUCUUACCAAAUUCUCAUGAACCUGUUGGUUGCCUCGGCAGGUAUGAUCCAGAAGCAGAUUCUUGGUCAUACGUUGCCAGUAUGAAACAGGCAAGGGAACUAUUUAGCUCUGUACACUUGAAUGGCAAGAUCUACGUGAUUGGGGGGCUUCUUCCUGUUUCAACCCCUAACUGUGAAGUGUACUCUCCAAACACUGAUGAGUGGCAUUCCAUCGCAAGUCUACCUUGUCUUGAUACUGGAGUGUAUGCUAUUGUAGCAAAAAACGAGAUUGUGAUUCCUAUGUCAUCUGACGAAAGUCAUGAAUUCUCCCAUGAAGCAUUGAAGUAUAAUGUGCAAUCUGAUGCAUGGCAAAAGGUGAACCAUUUUGGUCCAAACAACAAGUUGACAUCUUUUACUCUCAGUAUCAUUAAGCUACCUGCAAUGUUUCUGCAAAGGUUGCCCAUAGCAUUAAAUUUAGAAUAUUUUCUUGAAGACUCUAGUGAAAGCGAUACGGAAUUGGAAGACGAUCCUUGAAGAGGUGAUAAUGAUACAGUUUUACGUUUCUUUGGAUGGCGUGCUGUGCAUGGCUUUCAUGUCUUUCAUGAUGAAGCUUUUGAUUCCAGCAAUGAUAAAAUUAUCCCUUUUGGUAAACAGCUUAAAACCUUCCCUUAAGUAACCAGCAGCAAUUUAAAUGUUCUUGAAGCAUAGCCUGAAAGAAAAAUCCUAAUGAUGCUGACUGUUUCGAUGACUGGCAGCCAUCUUUAUCAAAACUAAAAACAUCACAGGUGUCAGUAGCCCUAAGUAGGCUGCUGAAGGUGUUUAUUGCAACAAAAUGCGCAAAACCACUCUGUCAAGGCCACCCCUCUGUCCCCCCUGCUUGGGGGUGGAAAUCACUUGGGUCCCAUGUAGGAGAUAACUGCUAUGC